GCGUUCGAGUUAGUCUCGGCCAGAACACAGGCCCAGUAGGAUCUGCGUGCACGUACUGGAUCCGCGAACGGUGCGUGUGGACCUAGCUAGUCGAAGGGUACAUCUUCCCCACCCCUCUCCGAUGCGCGGUCGCGAGUUUCGCGUUUCGGAAAAAGUUGUGUCCGACCGUAAAGUGGGUCCGGACCCGCCGACCCACCAGUGCACAGCUCUUAGUUUCAGGUUAGGAGCCUGCUAGGACGGGUCUCGUACACUCUUCCCGAGAACUGCCGAGGCGGAGGCGAGCCGAGGCGGAGGCGAGGCGAGGCGAGGCGAGGCGAGGCGAGACGGGUCGAGUCGAGACGAAACGAGACGAGGGAAAAUAGCGGCGGCAGUGAAGUGUGACCGCGUGCAGUGCGUGCAGUCGGUUUGAACCGCCGCGAGUGUGGGUGUGAUAUGCCGUCGCGUGAACCACGGGCAAUCUGAUGCGCGCCGCCUGAACCCCGAGAUUCGAACGCCUGGCGGGUUGUGUUCGGGCAGGACAGGCCCGUCAAUGACUCUGGUGAACACGGGCACGGGUACGACUGCGACCACGACGAGGACAUUGUGCGAGUACGUGUGACCGUGGGACCAGUGUGUGGUGCGACAGAUCCAGUGUGUUCCGGGACAGUGUCCGGGACUAACGAACAGGAAGAGACGGUAGCGACGGGCCCGCCGGCCGAGGCGUGCGCCCCAGGAGGCGUCGGCGGCGCCGGCAAUCGAAGGGGAACGGUUUUGGGCCCGGCGGAGAAGCUCGAAGCCGUCAAAGUGGCUUCGUCACUGGGCCUCCAGGGGCCAUCAGCGCCGAUCGGGGCCCAACUAUUGGCUAAUGCCGGCUCAGAGGAUGCACCGGCCGUGUACCACGCGAAUCUGCUAGCCAGCAGCAACGCAUCCGUGCUCCAGCAGCCUGUUCUAGCGAGCCUGAACACGCCGGUACUGGCCAGCAUGCAGGCCUCUGCGGAGGCCAACUCGCUGGACAUUCAGGCCAUGCAGUCCAUGGACUGGCUGUUCAAGAAGGAGCGUAUAUACCUGCUCGCCCAGUUCUGGCAACAGAGGGCAACGUUAGCGGAGAAGGAAGUUUCCGCGUUAAAGGAGCAACUAGCCGCGUUAAAGGAGCAACUAGCCGCGGCAAACGAUGGGAAUUCGAAGACUGAGGGACACCAAUUGUCUCAGACUAUACAGGGAAGUGAUCAGCAGCAGGUUCACGAUGCCAGCAAUCCCAGGAGAACGCCAAACAGCAACCUGGAGCAGGAACUGCAAGCGAAAGACAAAGAGAUCAGCCAGCUGGUCGAGGAAGUGUCCAGGUUACAACAGAGCCUGCAACGUCUUCAAGAGACCAGCGCACAGGGUGCGGCGCGGCUCGAGGAGGAGCUCGAUGCCCGCAGACAACACAUCAGCAGACUGGAGAGCAAACUCGAACGACAGAGGGACUAUGAUGACCUGAAGCGGGAGAUCAACGCGCUCAGAUCGGUCGAUCUCUCGCAGAUCCCGACCGGCGAGCCGGGCAAGAGCCUCGAGCACCUCCUAAUGGAGCGCUCGAAGGCGCUUCAGCAAACAGAGAGCUUGAAACCGUCGUCCAACACCCCGGACGCACUCGGUGGACUAUCGUCACCCCUGCAGCGCGCCUCCACCGCCUCGCCCCACGGGGUCGGUGGUGUUCCGCCUUCGUCCCAUGUGUCCUCCCAGCAACCACCACCGCCGCCCCCAGCAGCAGUCACCCUUCCGCCGCGAUCCACUCCUACACCGUCUUCAGCGACCUCGACCACGUCCAGUCUCCUGUUCCCACCCCCUCUUCAGAAUGUCGAGACCUUCGGCUCCUUCCUCGGCGAGGAGAUCGUCGCCAACUGGAGGCGGACGUUGGAGAGGUCCAUCAUGAAUCAGCAGCAGCAGCAGCAACAGCAACAGCAACAACAACAACAACAGCAGCAGCAACAACAACAGCAGCAGCAGCAACAACAACAACAACAACACCAGCACCAGCAACAACAGCACCAACAGCAACAGCAGCACCAACAGCAACAGCACCAACAGCAACAGCAUCAACAGCAACAACAAACGACGGCGUUGAGCCAAUUGUCGCAACAACAACAACAGCUACAACAAGCUCAGCCGCUGAUUGGCCUGCAUCCGCCAACGAAUACCAGCAGCAUGAACCAUCUUCCAUCGCCUACGGAUCCGUCGUCCAGCUCGAACACCCCGGCCAAGUCGAAUACUCCUCUAGGAACCACUCCACUGAGUUGCCUUGACGCGGCCGAGAAGGCGCCCACGCCAGUCUCCGGCCACGAAACGCCCGCGCCGCCCACGCCGUCGUCCACCACCGCGUUAACAUCACCCCCAAGCUUUCAGCCACCCACCACGAUCAUCGAGACCGCCUCCUCGGCCUCCGUGAACGGCGGCAGCGUGAUCCCCGCCGUCCCGACGGCUCCGCCGCCAAAGAGUCCGGCCGACCAGGAGUCCUGUCAUAACAACAACAACAGCCACCACCUGGCGAACAAUAAUAUCGGCGGCCUGAGCGUGUUGGACACUCUGAAGAGCCCGUUUCGCUUCGACGACAGGACGCACCCGUUCAGAUUCGGCGACGAGUUCGGCGCCGCCGGCAUGGCCGGCCGUCUCGGCGAGUCUUUAAUACCGAAAGGCGAUCCCAUGGAGGCCAGGCUGCAGGAGAUGCUGCGUUACAACAUGGACAAGUACGCCUCGCAGAACCUCGACACCCUGCAUAUAGCCAGGAGGGUCCGCGAGCUGCUGUCGAUACACAACAUCGGCCAAAGGCUGUUCGCCAAGUACGUGCUAGGGCUCAGCCAGGGAACGGUCAGCGAGCUGCUGAGCAAACCGAAGCCCUGGGACAAACUGACGGAAAAAGGCCGCGACAGCUACCGAAAGAUGCACGGCUGGGCUUGCGACGAGAACGCUGUUAUGCUGCUGAAAUCCCUGAUACCCAAGAAAGAGUAUGUUUCAGGCAAGGAGCAGGGAAUGCCAGCGUUCGCGCGCGGACCACAGGAAGGUGGUCCGCCGGAAAUGAGUGACGAAAGGUUGGCGCAUAUCCUCUCGGAAUCUGGCCACCUACAGAUGAGGGGCGAGCACGAGGUGUCGAACGACGCGGACAGCAAAAGCCCGAGUAGGAUCGGCUGUCCGAGCCCGUUCAAUAAAGACAGGCUCGACAGCCAGAACAGGAGACUGAAGAAAUACGAGAACGAUGACAUUCCGCAGGAAAAGGUAGUCAGGAUCUACCAGGAGGAGCUGGCCAAGCUAAUGGGCAGAAGGGUGGAGGAUCUCCGUGGGCCCCGAGAAUUCUCUUCCAGCGCGAUGUUUCCACACUUUUUCAGUGGCGGCCAGGGUAGUCUUCAAGGUAUGGAGCGCACGCAGGACGACAUCCGGAUGGCGUUGGACGCGUACCAUCGCGAGCUACAGAAGCUGAACCCCACACCGGGUCAGAACCCGUCGCUGACAGGAUUGCCGGGACUACCAGGGCUGCCGGGACUCCUGGCGCUUCAGCAACAGGCUCUUCAGCAACACCACCUGGCGACGAACGGUGGUGGAGUCCAGGAUCUGAGCCUCGGCAAGAUCGACCCUAGAAAUAAGAUGAUCAACGGUGUCUCCGAAGAGGAGAAAGAGAAGAUGGAGGAGGCUAUAAGACACGCGGGCAGCGCGUUCUCGUUGGUCAGGCCUAAACAGGAGACCACGGCGCCGCAAUCGACCCCCAGCGGUUCCAGCGCGAGCUCUCCGCUCGGGAAUUCCAUUCUUCCACCUGCAAUGACUCCCAGCGAGGAAUUCUCUGGGGCGGCGGCCGCUAGUCCUCUGCAAAGGAUGGCGUCCAUCACGAAUAGUCUGAUCAGUCAACCGUCCACGCCUACCCAUCACUCGGCCAACCAGAGGCCGCUGAAAGCUGUACUGCCACCGAUCACCCAGCAACAGUUCGACAUGUACAAUAACUUGAAUACCGAGGACAUCGUCAAGAGAGUUAAGGAACAACUGUCCCAAUACUCGAUUUCCCAGCGCCUGUUCGGCGAGUCCGUGCUGGGCCUGUCCCAGGGAUCCGUCUCCGAUCUGCUAGCACGGCCGAAGCCCUGGCACAUGCUCACGCAGAAGGGUCGCGAGCCGUUCAUCAGGAUGAAGAUGUUCCUCGAGGACGACAACGCUGUGCACAAGCUGGUGGCCAGCCAGUACAAGAUCGCCCCGGAGAAACUGAUGAGGACCGGCGGCUACGGUGGCCUGCCUCGUAAGUUUAACUCAGCUUGCGGAACCCCGAUGAAGCCUAUGCCGCCAACGAAGCUGGUCCAGGAGCAGCUUCAGAACGCCGCGAAGGCACAGGCGGCGGCUCAGGCAGCUGCCCAAGCGGCGGCCCAGCAUCAGCAGGAGAGUCAGAUGCAGUUGGGACCACCUCAGCAAAGUCCUCAGCAUCCCCAGCAUCCACAGCCGCCGCCACCGAUGAUGCUGACUCCUCCAGGUCCCCAUCAUCCUCACACGCAGCUCAGCAUGCAGGAACUGCAGAAGAAACAGCAGCAGCAGCAGCAACAGCAGAUGAACCUUCACUCGCCGCACCAUCAAAUGACCCCGUCGCCCCUCCGUAGCCUCCACCCGCACAUCUCUCCGAGCGUAUACGAGAUGGCGGCGCUGACGCAGGACCUGGACACGCAGACGAUCACGACGAAGAUCAAAGAGGCGCUGCUGGCGAACAACAUCGGCCAAAAGAUCUUCGGUGAGGCUGUCCUGGGUCUCUCGCAGGGUUCGGUCAGCGAGUUGCUGAGCAAACCAAAGCCCUGGCACAUGUUGAGUAUAAAAGGCCGAGAGCCGUUCAUCAGGAUGCAGCUGUGGCUGUCGGACGCACACAACGUCGACCGGCUGCAGGCGCUGAAGAACGAGCGGAGGGAAGCGAACAAGAGACGGCGAAGCAGCGGGCCGGGUCACGACAACAGUUCGGAUACGUCCAGCAACGACACCGCCGAGUUUUACCACGCGGCUUCGCCCGGCCCGGGCCCGGCCUCGGCCAAAAAGCAGCGAGUCCUGUUCUCGGAGGAGCAGAAGGAGGCCCUGAGGCUCGCGUUCGCCUUGGACCCGUACCCGAACGUGGCCACCAUCGAGUUUCUGGCCAGCGAGCUGGCGCUGUCCUCGAGAACGAUAACCAACUGGUUUCACAAUCACCGGAUGAGACUGAAACAACAAACGCCGCACGGCCAGCCGGAGCCGCAAUCGCCCAGAGAACCCGGCCAGCCGUUUGACCCCGUUCAGUUCCGACUGCUGUUGAACCAAAGACUACUGGAGAUCCAGAAGGAGCGACUGGGCCUGGGCAACGUGCCGCUCCCCUACUCGCCGUACUUCAACCCUAACUUGGCCGCCCUCGUCGGUAACGCGCUCAAGGAACAGUGCUCGGGGCUGGACCUGUCGAUGAACGCGCUCAAGAGGGAGCCGAACCAGGAGUUCGAGGACGAGGACGUCGAGGACGCCAUGAGCAACCUCGGCAGCGAAGACUCCGAGGGCUCGGCGGGUAGCAUAAAGAGGGAACCCACGGAGACACCUUCCGCGCCAACCACGGUUAGAUCGAACAGGAGAAAACCGGCGGCGCCGCAGUGGGUGAACCCGGAGUGGCAGGAGCCGCCUAGAACGGGGGACGAGGUGAUCAUCAACGGCGUUUGCGUGAUGCAGACGGACGACUACGGCGUGAAGAGGGAGGCGGAGGAGACGAUCAGGGUUGAACCUACGCCGGUUCAGGACAGAUACGAGGAGGACGCGCAGAGCGACGUCUCCUCCGUUUCCGGGAACAACGGCCAGGACAGGGACAGUCCGCUGCCGAGUCCGAAGUCUGGACAGCACAGUCCGGCGACGUCACCCAGACCGCCCUCCACGCAGCAAACGCAACAGUCCACCGAGGAGAGUCCUAAGGACAACGUGGUGAAACACGAGCCCGAGGAGACGUGGGACUAUUAAGACUAUAAUUAAGGUGUGGACGGUUCGAGUCGGCUCGAGCAGAGGGUAAGGGACGACGUAGAAACAUGCCAAAACUGCGUUAACGGCCGAGGGUCCGCCGGGCGACCACACGGCCUAGUUAAGUUCUUAAAACGAGGAUAAAACCAGUCAUAGGAUUCGGCCAGGCCUGAUUGGCCGGGUCCUGCCUACCACGAGGGCAUUAUCAUAGGGAGGCAAAUACAAGUAGGAUAUGUGAAAAACAAAAAAAACACAAAAGACACAGACUCACACGGACGAUGUGCGCGUGCGAACGCCAGUGCGGGGGCUACCGGCUAGGAGGCUGCUAUCGAGGAAGACGGAGCUCAAUCAAAAGAAAAAAAGAAGCGAACUGUUUUUUCGUAAAAAAAGAAAAGAAGAGAAAAAGAUAACGUUGCCUGCUGUGCUGUACGACGGUAGUGCGCGGUACACAGCUCGGCGGAUUUGUAUUUGUUAAGAAAGACUGUACGACGACGCGGUUUGGCGAGAGAGGAAAUGCGAUAAAGAGAGAAAGAGAGAGAGAGAGAGAGAGAGAGAGAGGACGAGAAAAGAGGCGAGAGAAUGAGAGAGGGAGCGAGAUCGUCGCGAAAUUCGCUCGGAACCAGAAGGAACCCGGAUAACUUCCGUUUUGCUACCGAGACCAGAAGGAAAGAUCGAUCGGAUCGGUCGGAGAACGGAACGGACGCGGGUUCGUCAGAGUGCAAUCUACGAGUAACCAGUUGUUAGAUCAAAUUAUUAUUAAUUUUAUCUAAUUACGCGUCGGGAUGAGCGAUUAUUGCAUAAUUGUGAUUCAUGUUAUAUUGUUUAUACACUUCUCCUGUCCCAUAGUCGUUAAGCUGUUAAUGUUAACUACACUCCGCUCUCCGAUUACGUGUACCUUCUUUUUCGUCUGUUUCGGUUCGAGGCGUGCCGCUUCGUUUUCAGAAACACCACGAGCGGUUCGACGCGAAGCGUACCAACCGGCUAACUGUUAUCCAAUUUUCACUUCUCGUUAAGAUGAUGUAUCAUCGUUCACCGGCGAACAGAACAAACCAGCGGAACAUAAUCUGUCCACUCGAAAUUCUUUGUUUUAACGUUUUUCAUUUCCAUGUGAAACUCAAAAUAGAGAGAGAGAGAGCUAAUUAUACGAGACGAUCGGUGAUCGAGGUAAUCAGUUACUACCAAUAUUAACGUAUUACUAGGCUUACGUUAUCAUUGCUAUUUUAUUAUUACUAUAUUAUACAAUUAUUAUUAUUAUUA